AAAUCGAUUCUCAAAACAAAAAAAAAAAGAUUUCAAUCCCAUGUGAUGAAGUCCAACCUUUGGCAUUCAAUAUUCCCAAUAGUACGUGCGCAGUUAGGAGUGGCAGAUCCAAGAAAUAUGUGCUUGAUAAAUCAAAAGAAGUGAAGCUAUCCAAGGGGCCAAGACGUGUAACUUUCAAUCCUUUCUGGGAUUUGAUGGAUCCUGUUGUUUUUCAACUAAUUGUAUGAAAGCUGUAGCACUAAAUGAUCCCACCUUUUUCAAGACUGGUGUAUGCCUUGUGAUAUUGGAAAAGUAUAAGACAAAUAGAACUUGAUAAAUUUUCGAGGGAGAGAUAUGGGUAGUGAGGAAGAAGAUCAGCAAUCACCUUUACUAACAAGCUCUUCUCAACCUGAUGAAAUUGAGGAGCCUCUCAAAAGAACAGGAACCUUGUGGACUUCAAUAGCAUAUAUAAUAACAGGAGUGAUUGGGGCAGGAGUUUUGUCUCUUGCAUGGAGUGUGGCUCAGCUUGGGUGGAUUGCAGGUCCAUUGCUCAUGAUAGCCUUUGCAGGCAUCACCAUUGUUUCCACAAACCUUCUAUGUGAUUGCUAUAGAUACCCAGAUCCUGAAUGUGGCCCAGCUAGAAAUAGGUCCUUUAUGGAGGCUGUCAAGUAUUAUUUAGGAGAGAAGAGCCAUAAGGUGUGUGGAGUGAUUGUGCAGGAGAGCUUAUGUGGGACUGCAAUUGCCUAUAUCAUCACCUCUGCUAGCAGCAUCAAGGCAAUUCAAAGAUCAAACUGUUAUCACAAAGAAGGUCACCAAGCUGCAUGUGAUUAUGGGGAUACUUUUUAUAUGCUGCUCUUUGGACUCGUUCAGAUCGUUGUGUCACAGAUUCCAGAUUUCCAUAACAUGGAAUGGCUUUCAGUUGUUGCUGCACUGAUGUCCUUUACAUACUCUUUUAUAGGAUUCUCACUUGGCGUUGCAAAAGUCAUAGAAAAUGGGAAGAUUAUGGGGAGCAUUACAGGAGUCCCAGCUUCUAGUCUUGCUAAUAAAUUAUGGUUAGUCUUCCAAGCACUUGGGGACAUUGCUUUUGCCUAUCCAUACUCAAUUAUUGUUCUUGAGAUCCAGGACACUUUGAAGUCUCCUCCUCCAGAAAACAAGACCAUGAAGAGGGCCUCAAAGGUUGCCAUCUUUGUCACAACCUUUUUCUAUCUCUGCUGUGGAUGCUUUGGAUAUGCAGCCUUUGGAAAUGAUACACCAGGAAAUCUAUUGACAGGAUUUGGUUUCUAUGAACCUUAUUGGCUCAUUGAUUUUGCCAAUGCUUGCAUUGUUCUUCAUUUGGUAGGAGGAUAUCAGAUUUUUAGUCAGCCAAUAUUUGCAUUUGCUGAAGGAUGGUUUGCCAAGAAAUUCCCAAACAGUGGCUUUGUAAUUAAUUUCUACACCUUCAAACUCCCACUGUUGCCUGGUUUUCAGUUGAAUCUUCUCAGGCUAUGUUUCCGAACUGCAUACGUUAUAUCGACCACAGGAAUUGCAAUGCUCUUCCCGUACUUCAAUUCAGUCUUGGGACUGUUAGGGGCCUUGAAUUUUUGGCCUCUGACUGUAUACUUCCCUGUGGAAAUGUACUUUGUACAAAAGAAAAUAGGGGCUUGGACUAGAAAAUGGAUUGUACUUAGGACAUUCAGCUUUGUUUGCUUUCUUGUGACAGUUGUAGGUUUUAUUGGGUCACUUGAAGGACUUAUAAGUGCCAAACUGAGCUGAGGCAUUACUGUAUUUUUUUUUUUUUUUUUUUAAAGAAGAAGCAUUACUGUAAUUCUAAAUGAAUGGGGAAAAGAAAUAAUGUCCUCUACUUUUCAUGACCAUAAAUAUAAUCCAAAGUUUCAGGUUGCUAUGAUUUCA